GAACGAGAACAAGUCAAAAAUGUGCUAUUGGAUGAAUCGGUUAUGGAAGGACUUGAUCUGGAGAAACGCAGUCAGAAACUCAACGAAUUAUUGGGACGUGGCGAGAAUCGUAAAAAUAUCGAUCUAUGGUUCAAAUUUCUGGCCGUUCAAGAUCAAUUGCAUCUGCAGCGAACAGAAGUGGGUGAGGGUAAUCGUCGUCGAGGACGGAACGAGCGUUUAACAGAUGGAUUACUCUUGGAUAGGAAACUGGCAAUCUUGGAAAGGGUAUUUGAAAUUUGA